UUUACUUCCGGGUUAAAAGGGGAAUACACGUAAACGAAAGUUGACUUCGCCGUUCGCAAGGUUCUUGCCGGCGAAUUAUUAUUUCAUGAAUUGAAAAAGUUUGCUUUCAUGUUUUUCGAAUAGAUCAACACACCCAAGAUGGCAAAGAAUAAGAAAGGUGCAGCGAAGAAAGACAAACCCAGCCCUCCGUCCCAGGGUGAGAAGUCUGCGCAGAAUGGCGCUCAGCAGCAGCAGCAGCAGCAACAGAAAAAAAAGUUGGCUGUUGCCGGGGGAGGGCAGAGCUCUAAGGCACCCCUAGCACAGAAGAAGCUGGCAGUGCAGCAUUCAGGGAAGGCCAGAUCCAGCCCAGAGAAAGGCAGAAAGGCAGCAGCUUCAUCAUCAUCGUCAUCCUCAUCGUCGUGCGGCUGGUGCUGGCUGUUUGUGGUCAUCGUCAGCGUCGCCGUAGUUGUCCCAAGUGUCAUGUUCUCUCAGGAGAUCCAGCAGCUGGAAGCGUACCAGGAGUAUGUCCAGCCUCAACUUUUGGCAUUCCAAGAGUUUGCGCAUCCUCAUGUUUCGGCAUUCCAGGAGUUGGUCGAGCCUCAGGUUGCAGCGCUCCGAAAGUUUGUCCUUGAGCAGAUGGAGGCGUGGUCGUCAGAGUCGCAGCCGAACGUUCCCACAGAGGAACCCACACCCGAGCAGCAGUCUCGUCAGAAACGGGAAGACGCCGACGAGGAGGAGAACAGCAGUCGCUCGCAGCAGAAUGAGCAGCCGCAGCAGCAGCAGAAAGAUUCCUCGAGGGAUAGCGAGAACACGAUAAAGAAAAGUAAAGAUACCCCGAAGGAUGACCUCGCCUCGUCCGAUGGUGAGAUGCCGAAGGUGGAAAGCAUUAACGUUCGUGCGACAUCCAAGACGGACAAGCAGGAGAACGCUCAAGCGGACGAACAAAAGAAAGCUGAGGAGCAGCAGAAAUUGAGAGAGGAGGAAGAGAAGAAGAAGAAGAAGGAGGAGGAGCAGAGGUUAAGGGAGGAGGAAGAGAAAAGGAAGAAGGAAGAACAGAGGCUGAAAGAAGAGGAAGAGAAGAGGAUAAAAGAAGAGCAAAGAUUGAAGGAAGAGGCGGAAAAGAAAAAGAAAGAGGAACAAAGAUUGAAAGAAGAGGAGGAAAAGAAGAAAAGGGAAGAGCAACGAUUGAAAGAAGAGGAAGAAAAGAGAAAGAAAGAAGAACAAAGAUUGAAAGAAGAGGAAGAAAAGAGAAAGAAAGAAGAACAAAGAUUGAAAGAAGAAGCUGAAAAGAAAAAGAAAGAAGAACAACGGUUGAAGGAAGAAGAGGAAAAGAAGAAAAGGGAAGAACAGAGAUUGAAAGAAGAAGAAGAACAAAAGAAAAAGAAAGAAGAACAAAGACUCAAGGAAGAGGAGACAAAGAGAAAGGAGGAACAGAGAUUGAAGGAAGAAGAAGAGAAACGGAAAAAAGAACAAAAAUUGAAAGAAGAGGAGGAGAAGAAGAAGAGGGAAGAACAGAGAUUAAAAGAAGAGGAAGAAAGGAAAAGGAAAGAACAGAAAUUGAGAGAAGAGGAAGAGAAGAAAAAGCAAGAGGAACAAAAGCUGAAAGAACAAGAGGAGGAGAAGAAGAGGGAAGAGCAAAGAGUGAAGGAAGCCAAGAAAAAGGAAGAGGAGCAAAGACUAAAAGAAGAGGAAAGGAAGAAGAAGGAACAGAAAUUGAAGGAAGAAGAAGCAAAAAAAGCAGAGGAGCUUCGCCUGAAAGCAGAGAAUGAAAAGAAAGAAAGGGAGGCCGAGGAGAAACGUUUAAAAGAACAACAGUUGAAGGAAGCGGAGAAACAGAAAGAGGCAUCAAGAUUGAAAGAGGAGGAAGCUGCUGCGAAAACGGCCAGAGAGCAGCAACAGCAGCAGAAGGAAGGAGGGGAAAAGAAAGAAGAACCACCAAAGACGGAGAACAGGAAAGUAGCGAAGCAGUCUCCAAACCAGAAAGACCAACAACCCGAGGUCCCAAAAGAAGGAGCAGGUGCAGCGACCGGCGGAAACGAGGCGGGUGGCUCCAACGUGGAGGUAGAGAAGAAGGAAGGAAAAGGUCAGAAAGAGACCCCCGUCGACCCCCCGCCCCUGGAAAGGUCCACCUACCAGCUGUCCUCGGUCACCAGCGACGCGGACCUGAAGAUUGCUGCCAAACUGGACAGUGCCGAUACGCUGAUGAAUGAUGACAAGUUGGAGGAGGCUAUCCGAGUCUACGACGACAUCCUCCGCAACAACAUCGCGAGCCCGCGGGGUCACUACGGGAAGGCCUUGACUCUGGACAAGCUGGGCUUCAAGUACAUGAGCAACGAGUACCUGGAGCAGGCCAUUGAGUUCCUGAACCGCGUCCUUGUGCUGCCGGACGUCCCCCACGACCUGAUCAAGCUGGCUGGCCGUAAACUGGCUGACCGCCAGCAGUUUAGAGGUCCUGGAAAAAGAUCCCAACAGCGGCUUUGCGAAGGUUCACUUGGGCUUCAUCAUCAAGACAAAAGAUCAGGACCUGGAGAAAGCCGUGGCUCUUUUGAAGGAAGGCAUCGAGAGUCGCGAGAAGGGCACACAAGAUGGCCGCUUUUUCCUCCAUCUGGGAGACUCGUUGCUGCGAUUGGGCCGCGAGCCGGAGGCACGCAAGAUUUACCAAGAAGCUGAGGAGCUGGGUCUGUUCCUGUCGGCCUGGCAGCGGUCACUCUAUAACGUGGAGAGCUUGACCGGCCGACCCUGGUGGACACCUGAGCAGACAGGCUACAAGAAGUUCUUCAAGAUGCUGGAGGACAACUGGGAGACCAUCAGAGACGAGGGUCUGGCCCAGCUGGACAGCAAGACGGGUUCCUUUGUGCCUGAGGAUGAGAACCUGCGAGACACGGGUGACUGGAAGCAGUUCACCCUCUACCAGCAAGGGAGGAAAAAGAAGGAGAACUGCGAUAAGGCCCCGAAGACUUGCGCUCUGAUUGAUCAAAUGCCUGAUGCAAAGGGCUGCAAGCGUGGACAGGUGAAGUUCUCUGUGAUGAGCCCGGGCAUCCACGUCUGGCCCCACGUGGGCCCCACCAACUGCCGGCUGCGCUCCCACCUGGGGCUGGUGGUGCCCGAGGGACCGUUCCUGCGUGUGGUCAACGAGACCAGGGUGUGGAAGGAAGGCAAGGUCAUGAUCUUCGACGACUCGUUUGAGCACGAAGUGUGGCAUGAGGGUUCGGAACUGCGUCUGAUUCUCAUCGUUGACUUCUGGCACCCAGAGCUGACGGAGACGCAGAAACGAAGGCUGUCGGCCAUCUAAAAGUCUGGCCGGUGUGUCCGGACUGAGCGGCCGACCUACGGCUGGAAGAGCUGCCGCUGUACUGAGGCUAGCAGUUUGUUAACCUUUGUUACUUUCAAAAUGAGCUGAUGUGCUGUCAGAUUAUGUUCUCUGAGUGGAUGUCAAAGAAAGUUGUGAUUUUUUUUAGUAAUAGUCCUCAUUAUUCUAUUUUUGUUUAUUUGUUUGUUGGUUGUUGGUUUUUUUGGGAUAAUUUUGCUUUGGGUUGUUUUUUUGAGGGGGAGGGAUUUGGUUACCUUUUGAUUGGGUCUCUGAUUUACUCAACUUGUAUUUUCAGAUGUCAGAUGUAAACCUAAUUUAUUAAUAGAAACGAGGGUCACUUGACAUCUUUGUCUCUGAGAAGAUUCUGAAAUUGUUAAGAAGGAUUAAAUUUGGUAGCAGGCUUAUUAAAAAAUCAGAGUCUCAUUUAGUUUUUUGGGUCUUACAGAUUUCUAUGAGGAAGAUGUUUCAGCCAGUUUCCUGAAAAAUGAGUUAGCUUCGGUCACAGCGUUGACAAGGGGACUCUGUACACUUUAGUUUUCAUUUUAUUUUUCUCUUAUCGGUGAAUUGUGAAGAUUUUUUGGGGGUUAUAAUUCAUUUAGGUUAUGGUACUUUUGACUUUCAGGUUCAGCUCUUGAUAUUGUUGUUGUGUUUAUGUUAUUUUAUUGUGCAGUUCUGUAGUAAGAAGGUGAGGUAAUAUUUGUGAAAGAUGAAAGCUUUAAUCGCAUAUAUUUAAACAUGUGAAGACAAAGAGAAUGCUCACAACUGUUGUUCGAGGGUGUUGCGUCUAGCGUGUUUGCAAUAAUAUUGAUAGUGUCAGGGAGCGCCUUUUUCUUUUUUCCCCCCAUUAUUUCCACCCGAGGAAGCCAGUACGGUAUUUUAAAAAUUUGUUUCUUGUUUAAUCUCUGAAUAACUAUUUCUAUUAAUUGUCUUUUUGUUUACAAAAUGGUAAAUUUUCAAGUAUUUCACAAAAUCCCAAUGACAUCGUAGCAAAGUAGACUAAAACUUUUUGGAGAUUUUUUUGUCGGUUGUGGGCUGAUGUUUGCUUUAUUGUUGAGGGGUGGAAAGAAUUCAAUUUUUGUUUUGUUUCGGAUAGCAGUUAUGUGCCGAUGUUUACUGUACGGUACUACUGUUAAAGAGCGUGAUCAGUUUGAUAUUUUUGUCUUUGCCACUUUGCUGGUGUUGAGCUGGACUGUUAAGGGAGCGGAGAGUUUGAAACAUUUUUGCUCGUCUGUGUCGGUUGUUUGUUGGUGUUUAUUGUACUAUUGAGGAGCAGGAAGAGCUCAGUUUUGUUGCUCUCUAGAACUGUUUGGAGCAGCACUUUGCAGGGUACUCUAAGAAUUCCACAGGUCUUGGUUGUCCGCAAUGUUCUCGUUUUACUGAUGGAAUACUGACUUGCCUUGAGCUCUUGUUGUUAGUGUGUGUUGUUAGACACUGUCCUGUUAGACACUGUUCCACCAAUACUGACGACGUUGUGGACGUUGUCUUAAAAAUUGAUAUUGACAGCGUUUUCGAUUUCAUCAUGCUAUCUCUAUUGACAACAUUUUAUGAUUAAAGUGGCGUAGCUGUUGUGUGUGUUGUCGUUGGAUCUGCUGUUCUAUUGUUGAGAGCGUGAAGUUGAGAUGAGAUGGCCUGAACUUGCUUGUUUUGGCGCAAAGAUAUGGCAGUUUGGAUGUCUUACUCUCGGUGGUUGUAUGCAUCGUGUUGUUUUGUUUUGUUUUUGUUGAAUUUUAUGGUUGUUUUGUUUACUAGUUUGGUCUAUGCAUGAUGAAGAGGUGCGGACAUGUGGGAGGCCUGUGUAGGCUGGAUGGUUUGGUUUCUGAAGUGAGAAUGUUGUCAGCGGCUUGCUUUUUAACUUUUUAAAACAAGGUAUAUGUCUAUGGUGAUCAAUGUCCUGAGACACUGUUAUUGACCCUUAUGUGUUAUCAUAUGGUGUAAGAUGUUGCUUUUAGUGAAUAUGAUCAAACUUUUUGAGUAAUUUUUUUUCAGAUAUAAAGGAAAGCGAGUUUUAAUUAAUUAUCCGUUCAAAAGUUUUUUUGUACUGCCAAAGUGACUUUUUUUUUUCAGUGCAAAGAGAUAUCUGGUUGUGUGAAAGUUCUUUUUGUCAUAAAAUUUGAUAAUGUUUGCUUUGACAUUUGAAUCGAAUGAUGCAAAUGUAUUCCUGUGCUGUUAUUUUUAGAUAGUCUGCACAGACUUUAUAGAAGUGAUUUGUCGGGUUGGUUGGGCACAGCAUUUGUUCCGUUUGUAAGCGCUGUGAGAGUACACUAAAUGCUUUAAAUGUAAUUUGGACAUCUUUUUGUUUUGUCUCGCAUGACAGUUUUGUUUGGCAUGACAGCAGUUCUAUUUGUGAGUCUCCGUUUUGAUCUUGUUUCCACUUUUGAAGAUGGAAUAAUGAGGCAACAUUUUUUUCCAAUAAUGUUUACAUGGCCUCUUUUUUUAAAAAACCGAGAUGCAAUUUCCUUUCUGCCAAAAUUAUUUGAUCACAGAUACUCUUGCUUGCUGUGUGUAUUGUUGCAUUUACCCGGAACAUAACACUUGUUCUGGGCACAUUCAGUUGUCCUUUGGUUGCUUUUUUAGGCUUGACGGUCAAGUAUGACAGUUUCAUAUUUAUGAUGUCACUACGCAAGUUUCCAGAAAUGUGGAAUAUUCUUGAUUUAUUUUCUUCUUUUUAUGAAAUUUGGUGGAGGGUUCUUCCUGAGAAUGUUCUCUUCGAGUAUUUUCACUUCUCUUGAAAUGUAUUAAGUUUGCGUUUGUCUUUUGUUGGUUUAUUCAUUCAAUGAAUAUUUGACAGAGAGAUUUUUAUGUUCUCAUUUUGAUAAACUUAACUUCUAAUCAGUUUGUUUUUUUCCCUUUGUUAUGAGCCGGAAAAAAUAUGCUGCUCUGUGAUUCUGAUAUCUUAAUCAACGUAGCCACGAUCAAUCAUUGUUGAAGUUUAAAUCUCAAGCUCGAUAGAGCGAAAUUUCUUUCUUGCUGUUCAACAAAGUGUUUCAAAGUAUGUGAUAUCCCUACACAAAGUAUUUGCUGGCGGUUUAUUGCCGAUAAUGCAGUAAAACCCUCCCUUCGGGUGGUGCUCCUAAUAUAAUAAAUAUUGUUUCUUUUUCCAGAGGAUUUUCUGCUUACAAAACAUUAUUAAUCAGUCAGUGAACUGAAUGUCCAUCAUUCAAUAAAUUAUGAAAGCUGGAAA